AUGACAACGACUGCUGCUGGCCCGUCGCGACCCAGUCGCCUUUUCUAUAUCAACGACAAGUCGAGCGGCCUCAGUUUCCUUGUUGAUACCGGUGCCGAGGUCAGUGUCAUCCCGCCUUUAAGGCGUCACCGCCUCAAGCCUUCGCAAUUUUCAUUGCGGGCUGCAAAUAGCACCACAAUCAGCACCUACGGCCAACGUUCCCACACUUUAGAUCUUGGUCUUCGGCGACGUUUUCAAUGGGUCUUUAUUAAGACUGACGUCAAAUCGCCCAUUAUCGGGGCCGACUUUUUGUCAUCUUUCGGCUUUACAGUCGAUGUCAGACACCGCCGCCUAACACACACAACCACCCAACUCUUUACCAUAGGUACCAUUAGCUCUGAACGUUCGGUUGGCAUUCAUCUCACCAUCCCCAGCAUCCCUUUCGCUGACAUUUUGGAGGACUACCCGUCCAUCACUAAACCAUGUCAUUUUACCGAAACCGUUCAACACGGAGUGAAACACCACAUUGUCACGGCAGGGCAACCAGUGCACGCUCGUCCGCGUAGAAUCCACCCUGAGAAGCUCCGAAUAGCAAAGAACGAAUUUGAACAUAUGAUGAAUCUGGGCAUUAUACGCCCUUCAUCUAGCCAGAAAUUGACUGGCACACACAUACUUCUCCUCCUAAAUUCCAGAAGCUGCUUGACACAAUUUACUUUUCAAACCUGACUCAAUUAGUUCACUCUUCGACCAGAAACGAUAGUGUUUUAGACUUAAUUUUUACUAAUGGCACCUUCCCUUUAUCUAUGGAUUUUUAUCAUGACCUCUUUGCAAGUGAUCAUGCAUUAAUUCAUUGUCGCCUUCCAGUUGCCAUUUCCGCAAAGCCAACAGUUCAACGUAGUAUUUUUGACUUUGCUAAUGUUAAUAAGGAUUUAGUAAAUAACUUUACCUGCACUCUUGAUUGGCACAAUAUUUUUUCAAAUAAUGAUCUAAAUUUUUUCAACAAUUUAUUACAAUGCGUAACAGAAGGUCUUCUUGACCUUAUUCCUCGGAAGAUGUUCAAACCGAGUGCUAAUUCCACCGCCAUCCCACACUUUCUUAAAAACAGACUUAAAAAGUUACGGAAGCAGUUUAAAGAUCCUUCUGUGAGUUCAUUAUCAGUUCAUCUAAGAAUCGUUGAAAUAUUUGAACUAGCUUCGAAAAUAAGGCUCGAGCGAGAUAGGCGUAGAGAGUCUUUGGCUAUUAAUGAUGUGAAUUCUUCUAAAUCAGUUGCUCAGAUCUUCCGUCAGAGAUCAUCUGCUAAGUCCCACCAAGUCAUUCCGCCCUUGCUUAGUGCAAGUGAUGCCUUCAUUACAGAAGAGUCAGGCAAAGCAGAAAUUUUAAAUUCGUUCUUUGCCAAGCAUUUCACCAUUGAAACUGAUCCGAUCCCUUUAAUUCCUUCGUUGUCUGAUGCUUCUCUUAGCUUCAUUAAUUUUUCUCCUGAAUGUAUUCAAAAACUGAUAAGUCAUCUUCCUAACUCUCACUCAGUAGGUACGGACAAUAUCCCAAACUCUUUGAUAAAACAACUAAGAGAUUUUCCUCCUCUGCUUAGCAAAAUCUUUUCAGUAUUUCUCGUAAAUGGCUUCUUCCCUGACUAUUGGAAAACUUCUAUUAUUAUUCCAGUAUUUAAGUCUGGCUGUCGUUCUGACGUACAGAACUAUCGAGGUGUCCAUAAAACACCCUCUCUCGCCAAAAUCUUUGAAAAAAUUAUCGCCAUAAAAAUUACCGAAUUUUGCAUAGCCAAUCAAGUUAUUAGCCCUUCCCAACAUGGUUUUUUACCAGAUCGCUCUUGUGAAACAUGUCAUCUGUCGUUUCUCGAUCUACUUACCUCUCUUCGUAAUGAUCACCUAUCUGUUGUCGUAAUUUAUUUUGAUCUUAGUNCGGAUGAAUGUAAUCGACCGCAUCUGGGUUCCUAUCGCCUCGAGACUGAUCUUCAUGAUGCCCUCACUGAAUGCGCUUCAUCGAUGCUCUUGGCGAAGCCUUCUAUAUUAGCCAUAUACUAGUAAUCUGGUCGCAUCUCCUAUGCCCUAUCCUCGGAUGGACUCUGAUGAAUGUAACAGACCGCAUCUGGGGCCUUUUCGCCUCGAGACUGGUUGUCAUCGUGCCCUUACAGAAUGCGCUCCAUCGGCGAUCUUGACAAAGCCUUCUGUAUUCGCCAUAUACUAGUAGUUUGGUCGCAUCUCCCUUCCCCCCAUGUUCGGAUGGACUCGGUUGAAUGAAACCGACCGCAUCUGGGUUCUUGUCGCCUCGAGACUGGUUGUCAUCAUGCCCUUACAGAAUGCGCUCCAUCGGCGGUCUUGUCAUAGCCUUCUAUAUUCGCCAUAUACUAGUAGUCUGGUCGCAUCUCCCCCCCAUGUUCGGAUGGACUCGGUUGAAUGAAACUGACCGCAUCUGGGUUCCUAUCGGCUUGAGACUGAUUUUCAAUUUCGGCACUUAUUUUUCUUAUUCAAGGCGAUACAGGCCAGUCCUGACCGACCCGCCUACGUACCAUUUUAUGAAAUCCGUUACACAAUGCCAUAUACAGCUGACAUCUAUUUCGGCCAUGUUGAUGUCGGGCUUUAUUCCAUUUUGUACCGCCACAUGCAGGCCAGUCCUCCCUUUUUUUCUGAUGCUAUUUUUCUGAGGGUUUUUUUUUCUCCUGUUAACUUACUACAAUCAUUUUUAAAUCUUGCUUUGGAGUUUUUUUUUCACCCCUCGUUUUUUUUUUCAUUUUCAUUUUGCUUAACGGACUUCUAAUCUCAAAAACUAUGCAUUGCACUUUGUGCAGAUUUUGCCUACAUCGUCUAAAAUUUGCAUGUAAAUUUAUUUUUACUUGCUUUGAUGGGACCCCGACGGGUCUUUAAUAAAAUAAUUGAAUUGAAUUGAAUUGAGCCCAUGGGCCUCAUCACUGCACAUGGUGCCAAAGAAGUCAUCUGACUAUUGGAGACCGUGCGGUGAUUAUCGAGCCCUAAACAGGUCCACAAUUCCUGACCGGUACCCCAUUCCACACAUUCAUGACUUUUCCCACAUGUUAGCCGGUAAAACUAUUUUUUCCAAGAUAGACCUCGUCAGGGCGUACCACCAAAUCCCGAUCGCUGAGGAAGAUAUUCCAAAGACCGCUAUCACGACACCCUUUGGGCUGUUCGAAUUUAUUCGCAUGCCUUUUGGUUUGCGCAAUGCUGCCCAGUCGUUUCAGCGCUUUAUCGAUGAGAUCUUGCGGGGCCUUCCAUUCGCUUACGCCUACAUCGACGACAUGCUCGUCGCAAGCUCUUCGGCAGAGGAACAUGCCUCGCCUUUAUAAAUAAAUUUUAAUUUAAUGCCAGUUUACAGGCAUUGUCAAGGGAAGCGAUUAAACACAAAUCCGACCAGCAGUGAAAAAAAAACUCCUGAGCUUAAGGCAUAAAAAUAUAGUUGAUGGUGGUUUUUGUGGUUUGGAGGGCUCAGGAGAAAAAAACUGUCGGCGGUGGUAGAAUAUCGGCCGUCAAGAAGGGGGGAGGUUGCACGGUAUCGGAGAUUAUCGGACGUCAAAUUCCUUUCAUGAAGUUGGGGAUAGUCAAAGUAGAGGCGUCGAGGAACAGCUGGUGAGACCGGCCAUAGUGUUCAGAGACCACAAACGCCAUCGCUACGGUACAGUCGAUCAGUAGAUUCAGCACCCAAAAUUUGUGGGAGCUUUUCUGAAUGCAAAAAUCGAGUAAUAGUUCUCUUAAAUAAAGGAAAAUUUUGCAGAGUUUUCACACUCAUGGGUAGUUUAUUCCAAAUAGCAAUUGCAUUUACAGAAAAGAACCGAUCGUUUCCCGCAACACGGUUUGCAAGUAAACGUCGACAAAUGCGUUUUUGGCAUUAAUUCUCUCGAUUUCCUCGGCCAUCACGUCGAUCAGCACGGAAUCACUCCACUUACAGAGAAGGUGCAAUGCAUCUUGUCUUUCCCUGUUUCCAACACACUCACUCAGCUGCGACGUUUCAUAAGCCUUAUCAACUAUUACAGACGUUUUAUUCCCAAUUGUGCGGCAAUUCUGGCUCCCUUGACUGAUCUUUUGAAGUCGAAGGCAAAACCUAUUGAACUUUAACCGGCAGCCUGUACAACUUUUGAGGAAGCGAAGAAGGCUCUUGCCGAUGCCACCAUGCUGCACCACCUCAGUUCUGACGCUCCUGCACAGCUCAUUUUGACCGCUGACGCUUCCAGCAGUGCUGUCGGCGCAGUCUUGCAUCAACAGGUGAAUAACCAGUUGCAGCCUUUAGCUUUCUUUUCACAGAAGCUACAACCGACGCAGACUCUCUACAGUACUUUCUCUCGCGAGCUCCUUGCCAUCUACUUGGCCAUACGUCACUUUCGACACCUUUUAGAGGGCAGAGACUUUUCGGUCCACACCGACCACAAACCUCUCACUUACGCCCUCAAGGCCAAGCCAGAUCGGUUCUUGCCCAGGGACGUUCGUCACCUGUACUAUAUUUCGCAGUUUACUGCAGAUAUCCGCUACAUCCGAGGCAGCGACAAUGUCGUUGCUGAUGCAUUAUCCCGUCCGGACAUCAACACACUCACAUCCGAUUUCGACCUGGCGAAGCUUGCAGACCUCCAAACAGCAGACGAGUCCAUCGCGGACCUACGUACGUCUACUGCUCUGCAGCUUCGCAAUGCACCACUUCCUGCGUCACCAGGCACGAUUUUGUGCGAGUGGUCCACAGGCAACCCUCGUCCUUUUGUUCCACUACCCUAUCGUAAGGUCGUCUUUGACCACUUUCACUCCCUCUCCCACCCUGGCAUUCGCGCUGGACGUAAGUUAAUUGCGGCUCGUUUUGUUUGACCGAAGAUGAAUUCUGACACUGCUCUUUGGACCAAACAGUGUCUCGCAUGCCAGAAGAACAAGGUGCAUCGACACACCUUCUCCCCUCCAAGUACCUUUGCGGUCCCGGACGUUUGAUUUAAUCACGUUCACUUGGAUUUAAUCGGACCGUUACCCCCUUCAAGUGGGUACACACAUAUCCUGACGGCAGUUGACCGUUUCACACGAUGGCCGAUUGCCGUUCCUAUCUCGGAUAUCUCGGCAGAAAAUAUCGCUAUGGUUUUUCUGACCCAGUUUAUCUCAACUUUUGUUGUUUCAGCCACCCUUACCACUGACCGCGGAAGUCAAUUCCAAUCUAGCCUCUUCCGUGAGUUCACUAGACUGCUCGGGUGUGCGCACAUCACAACCGCGGCAUACCAUCCUGCCUCCAACGGCCUCGCUGAGCGUCUACACCGCCAACGCAAGUCCGCACUGAUGUCCCAAACAGAGCCAGCUACUUGGAGUGUCAAUCUCCUUCUUGUACUUUUGGGCAUCCGAUCUUCUGCCAAGGAGGACAUCCAAUGCACUGCCACCGAACUUGUGUACGGUACACCCCUCCGUCUGCCCGGCGAAUUUGUGCAGUCUUCCACGACAAACACUAACAUAGCGAGCACCUUCGUGCAGCAGUUGAAACAACGCAUGGCUCAACUGCGUCAAACCCCCACUCAUCUGACAUCGAAACAUGUGUUUGUACACGAGGACCUUAAAUCUGCCCCCUUUGUUUUCGUCCGGCAUGACGCAUUGCGCAAGCUCCUUUGUCCUCCAUACGAUAGCCCAUAUAAGGUCGUUCAGCGGAAAGACAGGUUUUACGUCCUUCAGAAGGCUGAUAAGACUGACACGGUCUCCAGCCUAUCUGGAGUGCCUCCCGUCGACCAGUGCGCCAUCCAUUCAUCCUACUAUGUCCUCACCCGAUACACCCACACCACUCACCUACCCUCCAUCACCACACUUGACCAUUCUAACCACCCAACCGGGUCCUCAUCCAACACUUCCGCCCAUUUCUUCUCGUUCCGGUAG